AUGGCAUCAACACCACAAUUGUAUUAUAAAUUCAUCACAAACUCAAUUAAAAAUGGUAUAGAUAAAUUUAUAAAAGAUAGAAAUGUUUAUAACCAAGUAUUAUUACCAAAGAUAAAAUCCACACACACAGAAUCAAUAUUAGAAAGGGUGUACCCAAAACCCCCAUUCGAAAACAAUGAAGGUUCAUUUAAACACUUGACAUUUGAAGAAAGAAAAUUAAAAAACACAUAUAGAAAUGAUAGAAUUAAACUAUUUAAAUUUAUUACAUUAUUUCCAAUUAUGUUAAUACCAAUGUACUACAAAUACAAUGAAAUCUAUCCAAGUGGCUUUUAUACAAAGAACGAAAACGAUCACAAUGCUAUAAUGGAAGAUAAAUCAAUAUAUUCAAAGAGACUAAUGAAAAACCUAGAGGUAGAAGAUUUUAUUGAAAAAAAAACAAAUGAUUGGAAGCAGAUUAAUGAUAUUAAAUUAAACGAAAUUAUAUCAAUUUCUUCUUCUACUCCAAGUUUUGAUUAUAUCGAACAAACUAGACCAAAUCUAAAUAUGAUCGAAUUAAUAAACGAUACAUUAGGAACCUCAAGCAUUUACCUUUCGGUAUAUCAAAACUAUGGUUUUUAUAUAUUAAGAGAAAGCAAUGUAAUUUUAAAAGAAAUUGAUACAAUAGAUAUCAAUGAUUUAAAAGAAAUUUUGGAAAAAAGAUCAUUAAGCUAUAAAAACCUAAAUUUGGAUCAAAUGAAAGCAAAAUUUAUCGACUAUACAAAUCUAUUGAAUCAACUAUACUUACUUGAAGAAUCAAAUAGCAAAGGUAUAAACGAAAUUCAAUAUUUUAACGACUCUUUCAUAAAAGAGGGAAUUAAUUCAAACUUUUAUAAAUCAUUUAUUAUAUUAAACUCCAUUUUAGCAAUAAAAGGUAUUUAA